CAUUUACUGAAUAUGUAGACAGGCCUAACUCACUGCACAUCUAUCUAUCCAUGUACGUCUGGAAUUUAGAUUGCUUGUUUAAUAUAAAUGUUGGAGGCUCCAUAGCAAUCAUACACUCUCCAAGGUGUUACUAAUAAACUCAUAUGUUCACUCACAAUAAGAAGCCACAGACAGAGCAAAGCACAAAUCAGGACAUAUACUAAUCAUAUGAGAAUGGAUCUUUUGUGGAUGAUUUUUAAUCAAAAUCCUCAGCUGGCAUACCAGUUGUUCACUAUACCCUUGGCUUUUUUGUUUUACAGCUUGGCUACACAAGGAUAUCUCACUCUGUUUAACAGGCAUAUCUGUCUGGCGUUGGGAGGAUUCAUCGUUGCCAUUCUGACUAUGGGUCCAUACAGCACGCUGCUGUUUAUCACCUUUAUCACAUUUGUGUUACUGGUGCGCUUCAUGGAACCAGUUCAUAUUCACUACUGGAUUUUUGGGCUGCAGAUGUGUUGGCAAACAUUGUGGCACUUCUAUAUGCAGUACCAACACUACUGGCUGCAGGAACCUCCAGAUUCCAGGUUUGUCCUGGCCAUGUCUGCUUUAAUGCUUCUCAGUCAGAGAGUUACGUCAGUAUCAAUGGAUCUCCAGGAAGGAAAAGUCAUCAGGAAUUUCCGAGGAAGCUUCCAGAGCCAAGUUGUUUGCCUCGCUCCUUUCAUGAGCUACACUUUGUAUUUUCCUGCCCUUAUUGGAGGACCGCUUUGUCCAUUCAACACUUAUGUGAACUUCGUGGAGCAGAUAAGUGUCAAUAGACCACCUUCUCCUCUUACCAUUCUGCCUUGGAAGAUGUUGCAGGUUUUACUUCUGCUAGUUCUCAAAUUUCUCCUUACAGGUGUUCUACAAUCAAGCAUAUUCAGCCUAAGUAGCUCUCCAAGUAUAUUAUGGAUCUGGAUCUUCUCCCUGGUGCUCAGAUUGACUUAUUAUGUUCACUGGAAAAUAAGUGAAUGUGUUAACAAUGCAGCAGGAUUAGGUUUCAGUGGCUACAGUACAACCGGAGGUGCAUUGUGGAAUGGACUUUCUGAUGGUGAUGCAUUUGAGAUUGAAACCUCAAGUAAUAUUUCAGCCUUUGCUCGCCUCUGGAACAGGACAACAGCUGCCUGGUUACGCAGAUUAGUGUUUCAUAGGAGCAGCAAGAUGCCGGUGCUUAUGACUUUCUGCUUCUCGGCUUUGUGGCAUGGCUUGUACCCAGGUCAAGUGGCAGGUUUCCUUGGAUGGGCUGUAGCUGUGUUAGGAGACCACAAGCUACACAAACACCUUUCUCCAAGGCUCACCACAGCUUGGAGGAAAGGCUUGUUUACUUGUCUAAGCUGGCUCUACACUCAGGUUGUCAUCGCUUGUGUUGUGGUCACAACUGAACUUCAAAGUUUGGAGGCACUCAUGCUGUUUUGUACAACACACAUUGCUCUAUUUCCACUUGCAAGCAUUUUAAUACUGUUCAUUUUAUAAGACUUCAGUAUACACUCACCGGUCACUUUAACAGAAACCCCUGUACACCUGCAAUUAUCCAAUCAGUCAAUCAUGAGGCAGCAGCAAAAUGCACAAGAUCAUGCAGAUACAGGUCAAGAGCUUCAAUUAAUGCUCAUAUCAAACAUCAGACUGUGGAAAAAUGUGAUCUCAGUGACUGUGGCAUGGUUGCUGGUGCCAGACAGGCUGGUUUGAGUAUUACAGAUUACUAUUUCAACAGUCUCUAGAAUUUACAUCCAGUGAGCAGUAGUCCACUAUGGGCAGAAACACCUUGCAGAUGUUAGGGGUCAGAGAAGAAUGGAAUGGUUGGUUUAAGCUCAUAACUCCUAACAAAUAACUCAAAUAAACUCUCUUUACAACCAUGGUGAAAAGCUGAAUCCUUAAGUUGGAUGAACUACAACAGCAGAAGACCACAUUGAAACUGUACAGUUGACAAUCAGAAAAAACAUUGCCUGGUCUUUUUCUGAUUUUCACCUGUCCAGUUUCGGUGAGCCUGUGCUCACUUUACCCUCAGAUUCCCAUUUAUGGCUGAUAAAACUGGAACCUGAUGUGGUCGUCUGCUGUUGUAGCCCAUCUGGCUCAAGGUUCAACAUGUUGUGCAUUCUGAGAUAUUUUUCUGCUCUCCAUGGUUGUAAAUAGUACUUAUUUGAUUUACUAUGCCCUUAUGAUAUUCCAAUUAAAGUGGCCAGUGAGUGUAAAAAGCUUAUGAUGUUCAAUUAUCUUUUUUCCCCAUUUUAUUACACAAAAAAAGCAAUAUCAAGGCAGUCGACAAUUAGUAAUGAUUAAUAAGUGAUGGGGAAUAAACAAUUGUGAUUUGUGCAAUGUGUAGAUAUAUACAGAUAUGUCUGUGUAAGUGUGUGUGUCUGUUGUAGGUGUAUAUUUGAGAUCAUUUGAGGAAAUAAACAAAUGCACUUAUGGAAAUGUUUCGUGUCUGUGUGUGUGUGUGUGUGUGUGUGUAUGAGAAUAUGUCUACAUAAGUGUGUCUGUUGGUGUGUGUUAACAUAUG